GCCUCUACUGGUACCGGAAUAAAGUGUAUCUCCCACCUUCUCUUCGUGGCCGUGUCAUUACUAGUGUCCAUGAAGCUACUGUGCAUGGUGGUAUCUUGCCGGUGGUAGAAAUAGUCGGCCGGUACUACUGCUGGCCAUCACUCCGUGCUGAUGUCGAAACGGUUUUACGACAGUGCCCCAGCGAAACAUGCGAGAAGAAUAAGGCGAAGUUGUUUCCUCUGGUCACUGGCGACCCUCGUCGCCUAGCUUCUGGUCCAUGGGUUAUAUGUGCGUCCGAUGUGACUCAUAUAGAUUCACGGCCACUCCUAUCUCGUAUAU